UCUCUCUGUUUCUAUCUCACACACACACGCACGCACACAAAGACCUUUGGUAGGCUAUAGCCUAGAGGAGCCCAUGUCAGAAGACAACAGACGUGUCGGUUGAACCGGUUUUAGGAAUUCUAUGAACUUGAAUUUACGUGACAUGUUCAUUUAGAAGGAUGAACGUGUUUCAGGUCUCCCACAUAUUGUAAAUAUGGAGGGAAUAAGACGAGGAAAUCCCAAAUCCGUAACAAGAGGAAUGAUGAUUGCCUUGUUGGCCACUACCAUGGUAGUGAUGUACUUCACAUCUGGCCUAGGGGCACCCCAUCUUUAUCUUGAGCAGGCGCCUCUUUCCUGCCAUCCCAGCGGGGCGAUAUCAGAGCGGGACAAUCAAACCAACUCCUCUCAGAGCACAAACUGUUCUCCAAAGUUUGACGUCAUGUUCAUGAAGACACACAAGACCGCCAGCAGCACGUUACUCAACAUUCUUUUCCGUUUCGGUGAGAAGCACAGGUUGAAGUUUGCCUUUCCAGACGGACGGAACGACUUCUACUACCCAUCUCCUUUCCACCAUUCCCAGGUGAAGAAUUAUCGCCCUGGGGCCUGUUUUAACAUCAUUUGUAACCACAUGCGUUUUGACGGCCGUGAGGUCUCCAGGCUUCUCCCCUCUGAUUCUGCCUACAUCACCAUCCUGCGGGAUCCGGCCCGACUGUUCGAGUCGUCCUUCCAUUACUAUGGCAGCAUGAUCCCUCUCACAUGGUGGAUCCCCGGACCCGACAAACUAGCCGAGUUCCUGUCCUCCCCCCGAACCUACUACAAACCAGACGGUUACAACUCCUUCUACCUCAAAAACGUGCUCUUUUUCGACUUUGGUUUCGACAACAACCUGGAGGCGGACGAUCCCAACGUGGAUACGGCCGUCCGCGCGCUGGCCGAACGCUUCGACCUGGUCCUCAUCGCGGAGCACUUUGAGGAGUCCCUCGUCCUGCUCAGAGACGCCCUCUGCUGGACGACAGACGACCUGCUGUUCUUCAGCCUCAACGCGCGGAGGGCGGCGUCUGUGUCCCGGUUGAGCCCAGAGCAGAGAGCCAGGGCCCGGGACUGGAACGGAGCCGACUGGAGGCUCUACCGGCACUUCAACGCCACGCUGUGGGCGAAGGUGGAGGCGUACGGGCGGGCGAGGAUGGAGCGGGACGUGAUGGAGCUGAGGAGGAGAAAUGCAGAGAUGAGGGGGAUCUGCCUCGUGGGUGGAGGUGCCGUGGAGGCAGGGAUGAUCCAGGAUUUGGACAUGCUUCCCUGGCAGCCGGUUGGGGAAACCUCCAUCCUGGGCUACAACUUGAGAAAUGACAUUGACCCCCAACACAGGACACUAUGUCGUAAAAUGCUCACACCUGAAAUACAGUACUUAUCCAGCCUAGGUGUCAACCUGUGGCUCACACAGUUAUGGGGCUGGUUGAAGGAUAUUCUCUGUUAGGCCAAGACUGCCCAAGGAUUUAGCAACAUAGAAUGCAAGACUGGAACCUCAGGCACUUCAUUUUACAAUUACAUUAGAAAAGUAAGUUUUAUAUUAUGUAACUAAACAAGUUUACAAGUAAA